CCGCCCGCUCCUGGCGCCGGGAGCCGGCCGCGCGGGGCGCGCGGGCCGGCGGCGGCGCAUCGCGCAGCGGCGAGGAAGGCGUGACGCUUUCGCGAGGGGAGCCGAGCAACCUCCAUGAUCUCGGGCGCCAGCAGCCCGUACCAGCCCACCACCGAGCCGGUGAGCCAGCGCCGCGGGCUGGCCGGCCUGCGCUGCGACCCCGACUACCUGCGCGGCGCGCUCGGCCGCCUCAAGGUCGCCCAAGUGGUUCUGGGCCUGAUUGCGUUCAUCUGCAUAGAGACCAUCAUGGAGUGCUCCCCUUGCGAAGGCCUCUACUUCUUUGAGUUCGUCAGCUGCAGCGCGCUUGUGGUGACUGGAGUCUUGCUGGUUAUGUUCAGUCUCAACCUUCACAUGAGGGUCCCCCAGAUCAACUGGAACCUGACCGAUUUGGUCAACACUGGACUCAGCACUUUCUUUUUCUUUAUUGCUUCAAUUGUACUGGCUGCUUUAAACCACAAAACAGGAGCAGAGAUUGCUGCCGUGAUAUUUGGCUUCUUGGCGACCGCAGCGUACGCGGUGAACACAUUCCUGGCGGUGCAGAAAUGGAGAGUCAGCAUCCGGCAGCAGAGCACCAACGACUACAUCCGCGCCCGCACCGAGUCCAGGGACGUGGACGGUCGCCCGGAGAUCCAGCGCCUGGACACAUGAAGACCUGCCAGGGUCCCCCUCCCUCCCGUCCCCGCACCCGUCUCUCCCUCGAGUUUUCUUUCCCUCAUCACGUCGGGUCUUCAUGUGAUUCAGUUGAAUUUUGUCCUCUUUGGUAAAAGUUCAUUUUGGGAAAGGGUCUCCUGGGUGGCCCAGCGGGCGGGUCCCAGGCGGGCUGGGGAGGCCCACGUUCCCCAGCACUCGGCGGCCGUGGGGGCAGCUGGCUGCACUGACUGCCCAGGUCCACCUUAGGUCUCAACUGUCCCGGGGCACAGGCUUCCGACUCUGAGCCACCCUGUCAUGUGUAUUUGUGACGAGACUUUGGAUUUAAUGGGGUUGCUAAGAGGGAGAGAAUAUCAAGGAAGGAAGGUAGAGGGUAGGGCGGUCAGCGGCAGUUCUCGGGCGGCCCCGCCACACGCUCUAGGUCAUUGCUGAGCGUGGCUGCCGGGAUCCACGCUGCUCUCGUCCUCUGUGCCCGGGGAGGCAGCCAGCACCAGCCCGGGGGCCACGUAGGACUCUAAGGGUCUUGGCGGUGGAUGCCCCGGUCGAGCCCUCUGCUGGGCCUGGGGACAGCCGGUGCCCUGUGGGGACGGUGCCCCAGGACCGCUGACUCAUGGGAGGGUGACCUUUUGUUUCCUACACCCUGCUGAGAAAUCACUUGACUGUUCCUUAAAUGAAUCACAUUCCCGAAUCCCAGAUUCUUCCCCAGGAAUAUGGGGACCAAGUCUUGUUCUUCAGUUUCCUGCCUACCCUAAACACUUUGAGGCUGACCUGCAGAUUUUCUAUGAGUUUACCUUCUCAGGUAAAAGCCAUGCGAGAGACACGUCCAUUUCACCAGCCGGAGCGCUUGCCCGAUUGCAGGCCCCGUGGACCGCAGGUGGGAGGCGUGCGUGUUCUAGAUCAGCCCACGCGGACACGCCUCCGCCGCGGGGAUGCGCGCCGACUUCCUUGACGCCCGAGGAGGGUCCUAAAGGGAUUCUCAGUAGAUUUGUCAGGAUUUGGAAAUACUUGAAUUUGCAGCAGGACACGCCCCUUCCGGAGGCACUCACUGUCACGACCACGAGCAUCAUCGGUCUUGGAAGUUGUUGGGGAAAAUCCUAGUUACUUACGGUCUGAUCGACUCUUGACAAAGUGAGGAUCUUUGGCUUGUGGUGAAUGAGUUCAACGAGCCCCUUCGAUGCUGUAGUUUUUUUUUUUUUUGAAACUAGAGAUGAACUGUAUCUUUUAUGGAAAAAUUGUUUCGUCAGGUUUCCACUCUUCGGACUGUUUUUAAUGUUUACAAACCUCACUCGAGCUCUAAUGCUGUGGUCAGCCCUCACGGAGGCGGAAACACCGCGGGCGGGCGGGCGGGGUUUGCAGCGAUGUGGGAUGGAGGACGCCGGGACGAACGGGCGGUCACAGCUCUGGCGGUGCGCUGGGCGGCAAGUAACUCGGGAGGGGCGGGGGCCACGUCCCCGCACGCACGCGUGGCAGUGCAUUCUUCAGAACAGCAGCCCGUGGUGGUGGCGGCGGCGGUCAGGUGUCACUGGCAGGCUGGGGGCUCUGCAGGCAACGGUGCCGUGCUGUCGCUGAAGGGCCGGGGUUCCAGGUCGGCGCCCCAAGCUGAACCUCCAGUGCAGUCUGAGUUCUGCCACAGGCCCCGCCCGUGGCGGUGGCCCAGGUCAAGCGCCGUGUCUGUGUUGGGCCGCCUCCCCUCGUCUCCCACAGGAGGGCAGCUGGGCCUGGUCACGGCCGGGCGUGCUGCCAGCGGGUCUGACAGAGCCCUCGUCCCAUCUAUGUCGUGAGCCAGUGUGAGUCGUGCUUCACAGACUUUGAACCAAUUCUCUGUAGUGAUUUCGGGGGAGAUUAUGACAUCUGGAUUUCAUCCGUUCAUUUAUAUAUUUAUUUUGCAUUUGUCGAGUGUGUGCGUGCGCCGUCAAAAUCGGGCUUAUCUCCCUUUGAGAGUUUCAUUUAAAAUAAGGCCACAAAGGCUCAGCCUUGCAUCAAAUGGGGCCCGCUUGGGAGGACCACCCUGUGCUUUAGCAGAAAUCUGCUGGGGAUCACGUUACGUGGCCUCAGUAAAAGGCCACCUUUGAAGUGAGACUGGAAACAAGAACCCCAUUCAGGCAGGAUCGUUGCCCGGGUUUUCCCAAGUCGCUUCAGUAAACCCAGUUUAUCAUCUGGUGCCAAGGAGACAGGUGAGUGGCCUCCCAAGCAUGUGUCUUCAGCUGCAAGAAAUAGUUCUGGAGGCCACCGAAAUGGGAAAUGCUGAAAGGUGAUCAAAAGCGAUGACCUCUGACAUCACAGCGUGACUCAGGAGUUCACUCAGAUCUGGGUGAUAGACUCUUUGGAAUUAUUUAUGUCCCUGUAACUAUGUAGUAUCUUUUGUGCCGUGAGGCUGCCCCGUGGUUUCUGUAAAUGUAUCACCUGUGUUAAGUGGCUCCCGCUAGAACCACAGGUGUCCGAGGACACUUUCCAGUCGCACACCUCCCACCCCUGCGCGGCGAGGAAAGUUCCGAGGGGAGCAGGUCUGUCUGUGGCGAAUGGAAAGGCCCCUGUGUCUUUGUCACGCGGCCUCUGUGCACAAACAGCAGACAGUCUACACUUGCAGGCCUUAACAUGGGCCUCUUUGCAAAGCGGAGGAAGCAUUUUUGCAUUUAAUGGUUCCAGUGUGUUUGGUUUGGGACAUUUGAGGGCUGAAGCCACCUUAGUCUUAGUUUUCUGGUGGGAUGAUACUCAUUUUCAUAGUUUGAGCAAAACUUGAAGGGACCUGCAGCUGCUGUGUACAUUUGGCUUUGUACCUGGAGACGGUACAGUUGAAACCCUCAAGCACUUGGUGGAACCGCUGGUGGUUUUUCGACGGAUGCAAACACUGACGUCCUCAGAGAAAGUUUAUUUUGGCACUGAUUUGGUAUGUUUUAUUCUUUCUUUCUUUCUGAUUCUCCUUGAUCCUCCCUUCACACUGCUGAAGGCAUGGCGGGAAAUAGCUUUUCCCUGCCACACAGAGAGAUUACAGUCAUGGAAGCCUAAAGACACUUGCUUUAGGCAAGGGCAGACUUGGUUACAGAUUAAAAAUCUCAUCAGAGCAGUUUGAUUUAAAGUGAACAGCCAUCCAAGGGAGUUGAUUUCCGUCUGCAGAGAAAGCAGGGAUGUGGCCGCCUGCACAUCGUCCUCGAGCUAGCAGCCCACAUGGGCAGAGCCUGGUCCACGGCUGAGCACUCAGCCCUGGGAAGCUGGCGGCACACUGGUCUUUGGGGCCCUAUUCCUGUCCCCUGGCAGGAAGGCUCACGGCCGCAGGCAGGCACGGAGUGUGUCUGACCUCCCCCCGGGCUGCUUCCGGGGAGAGCUUCGUGCCUCAGUGGGAAACAUUCCUACUCUGUUCCAGUUGGCAGUUUCGUCUGCCUUUCUUUGAAGCUUUCCUAGUGAGUCAGACCUGGUUAAGGCACAGGCGGUCUCUGAGGAGACUCAGCGCUAACUCUUUGGUCUGGAUAUGUCUGUGAAUUCCCGCUUGCAGUGCAAGAGCCUUGAAUAACCUUGUGUGUGUCAUGUCCCGUGUGUGGCCUGAGCUCACCUUUUCUCGUAGAUUCUCACAUGCUGUUUGGAAGCUACCCCACACCUAUCCACGUGCUUUGAGAGGUGGAUCAAGGUCUGAUCUCUGUGCAGGAUUUCCUGUGGGUUGGCCUGAGAACCUGUCCCAGCAGAUGACUAGGGCAUGGAGACACAUGGCCAGCGGAGUGACUCUGGAAGGCAGUGAUGAUUUAGGCAGUUCCUGCUGUGCCGUCUGUAUUCAAAACAAAGCAGUCACGAAGUCACAGUGCCACUGCCCGGCUGUCAUCUUCUCCAGAUCUUGUUUACGGUGACAUCAAACAGGUAGCAAAAGGCAGAAAACGCUUUCUGGGCCAGGGGCUGCUGGGUGAUUCUCUUGAGCAGAAUAAAAAGUUGCUUUCUGUUCCAGGGAUGGCCAUUCGCUUUAGAAGUCUCCAGGCACCGUUUUAGUUCCUAGUGAAGUUGCCGAAUCCAGGGUUUCGCUCUUGCCCAGGUCCAGGAGGGCGGUGGCGUGGUGGGCUGGUGGGUCCACGCAGGGGCAGGUCUGGGAGGUGGGAGGAGGAGGAGGAAGAGGAGGCAGCCGCCUGGCACACCCAGCCUCUGUCUGCUGUUGGCCUGUUGAUGACGCUAGACGUCUUUACAAACUCGGGCUGUCCUGGAGAAGUGCACUGCUGGGUCCGCUACCUUCCUGUCCGCUUGUCUUUGGAAAAGUGAGCUCCUGUGUCCCAGAACCAGCUCGAGGGCAAGAGCAGCAUGCCGGGACCAGUCCGCUUUGGUGCUGUGGGUGAGCUUUUGGCAUCUGGCUUGGGAACUCCAUCUCAGACAGGACACAGACCUAACGCUGCCACCCUCUUAGCUUUGUCAGCUUUCCUGACUCUUGAUAAAAUCUUUUGUUGCUUCACUUUUGGGCAGAUAGCAUCCAAAUCGUCAGAUUUUUAUAAAUAAAGUCAGUCUGGUUGAGAAAGUAAUUUGAAAUAUUUGACCUUUUAUGUUUAUUUAGAAACUGUCUCUGAAAGAAAAGGCCUUCAAUAUCAGAUCUAGAAGAAUUUUCUUCUGAAAGUGAAUGUUCUGUUUAACUUUUCUUCAUGCCAGUCAAUAGCACUUGUAUACUCUUCGGCUUGAGACAGAGGAGUGGGUCCUGUUAUAUUUUCCCUUCUUUUGUCUGGAAUAUAUUCUUUUUCCAUUUGGAUACAAUUUCUCAACCUUUGGGAUUGUGUUUUCCUUUCCAGUUUUUCUUAUGCCAUAAACAUAACAGUAAAUUAGACAGAAAUUACCCACAAGCCCACUGAGUUUGACUCACUGGCAACUUGCCUAGAAUAGAGUUUAGAUGGUGGGUCCUGGCAUAGUGUAUCUAUUUUGUAGGGUUACUUUGUUGUGUCUGUAUGUUUUAUGCUGAGACUUUGAUUCAGGGGGCUUGCUAUCUAGACUCUGGGAUGCACAAUACACAACAGCCAGAGAGCCUUUGCUUAAGGGGUUAAUACCGCUUAGACUCCAUGAGCUGUCUGAACCUUUAUGGUUCUAAUUUAGGAGUGAGAUACCUUAAUCAGCUUUAUCGAUGGGAUUUAGGGUGAGGCCCAGAGUUUCUUUUCAUAAUCGUGCCUGAAAGGAGAGAAGGUGCAGAACAAGAUUCCGGUAAUGGUUUGUCUGGGUGUCAGUAAGAGUCUGAAACUAUCCAAUCUGAGUCAUCUUUGGAUGACAGUGGUGACACUCAGUAGGUAUUCCCUUUUGAUCAGGACAGUCACUUGAAGGAAUGGUCAGGAAAUGAAGACAGUGGAAGGGAGACCUGGUACCCAGGGCCGGCCAGGCCUUGACUCCCUCCACGGGCUCUGCUUUGCUUUGCUUGCCUGCUUUUUCCAGAAUCGAUUUUGCAAGUUCAGGACUCCUCUGUAACCCAUUUAAAAAUGAGUUUUCGAAUCUUGCCUCAUGAUGAAAUUAACCUCUUUGGAUAAAGUCAAUGCUUUUCAUAACUUGGUUUUGUUUGGCAUGGUUCCAAGAGAGUGCUAGGGAUUGAAACUAAAUACUAGGGAUUGAAACUAUGUGUAUAUGUUGAAAUUUGUAGGGGUUCAGGAACCCAUGGCAGAAAUACUAAACUAUUUAUUUACAGGUAUGAUGGUAUUAUUUUUUUUCAAAGUAGGCAAUUCUUUGUAUAUUUUAAAACAAAUAAUCACUUCACCUUUGGUGCCUUCCAUGUGUCGCAUAAGCACUCUUGUCAAUCAUGGAAUUGGGAAAAAAAAGAUGUACAUUUAGUUAAGCCAAAUAACACUAUUUUUGUAGCAUGGUUUUAGAUGAUGUCCUUUUAAUAUUGUUUUCAACAAUGAUGGUUAUGAAGUUUUGGCCAUUUUCUCUUUAAUCUUACUCUGUAUUUUAAAAAA